AUGGUUAUUUUUCUUGCUUAUUGGAGAAAUGAAACCACACAAACAGGAAAACACGCAAACAGAAGGAAGUGCGUCCAAAUGAUAAUAAAAAGAUGGUUUAGCCGUGUACAUGAGAGAAUAUGUGUAUUUCGCUUGUGUAGCUUUUUGUUUCCUUUUUUUUUUCUUUACUAUUUUUAUACAUGCAAAUGCAAUUCUAUUGCUACGUAUGUAAUGCAUAUAUAUAUAUAUAUAUAUAUAUAUAUAUAUAUAUAUAUAUAUCUGCCUUUCCCUCUGUUUUUUUAUUUAUUUUGCAUCUCUAUUGAGCUAGUCAAAAAGAGGUCCCAAAUGGUGAAGGCGAACUAUAUUCGCGCGGGGCGCUUGGUGCGCAUCAUCCGCGGCCCCCGUCAGGACCGCGUCGGCGUUGUUGUUGACAUCAUCGACGGCAACCGUGUGCUUGUGGAGAACCCCGCAGACAAAAAGAUGUGGCGCCACGUGCAGAACCUGAAGAACGUUGAGCCGCUGAAGUUCAGCGUGGAAUUGAGCCGCAACUGCAGCACACGGACACUGAAGAAUGUACUCGCGGAAAAGAAAAUUCUUGAGAAGUACGCCGCCACGAAGUCCGCUAGACGCAUUGCAGCAAAGAGGGCAUUUGCAAGGUCGACAGACUUUGAGCGCUAUCAACUGCGUGUCGCCAAGCGCUCUCGUGCCUUCUGGACGCGCAAGGUUUUUGACGAGAAUGACAAGAAGAAACCCGUCUCUUGGCACAAGGUUGCUCUCAAGAAGCUGCAGAAGAACGCCAAGAAGGUUGACAGCAAGCCAGCAGCCAAGAAGCGCAUUGAGAAGGCCCGCGCUGCUCGCAAGGCCAAAGCCGCCGCCGGUAAAAAGUAA